GUUGAAGUGAAGCACAACGUUUCUUUUCUACACAGAGCUGCUGAGGACAGAGGAGAGCUGCACACUGAUGAAGUUCAUGGCUGAAAGUUUGGUUGUUGUGUUUGUGUGAAGGUGUGGACUCUGCUAUGGAUCAGUGUGAGGAACCAGAGGAGGGAGUCCGUCCCUCUAAAACCACUCUGUGUGGGGACCAUGACAGCCGGACCAAAGCUCAGAGCCCAGAGCAGACGCGCAGCCCAGACUCUACUGGAUCUGAGUCAGAACCUGAACCUGAACCUGAACCUGAACCCAGCUGUUUGUCUGUGAAGAGUGACUGGUCAAUGGAGCUUCCUCUUUUUUUUAGACAAUCUGCUGAUGUAAAGAUCCAUCAGAGACCAGCCUCUCCUGGACCUGAACCCAGCCAUGUGUCUGUGAAGAGUGACGGGUCAAUGGAGCCUCCUCUUUUUUUUAGACAACGUGCUGAUGGAGGGAACCAUCAGAGACCAGCCUCUCCUGGACCUGAACCCAGCCAUGUGUCUGUGAAGAGUGACCUGUCAAUGGAGCCUCCUCUUUUUUUUAGACGUGUUGUUGGAGGAGUGGACGAGGAAAGCUCAGACGUUCCCAGUGGUCAGUGUGCCGAACAUGAGCCACACCUGGACUCCAUAUUUAUGGUGCUGGAGGAGAACAUUGUCACUUAUGUGAAAACUGAGCUGAAGAAAAUCCAGAGGGCUCUGAGUUCAGAUCAUCCGGAAUGCUCAGAGAGUCAGGAGGAAGAGGAGGUGUUGGACAGUAAGGCUGAAGCACUGAGGAGGAGCAGCAGAAAGGCAUUUCUGAAGAUAACACUAGACUUCCUCAGGAGAAUGAAACAGGAGGAGCUUGCUGACUGUCUGUUGAGCAGAUAUGCUGUUGCAGUUUGUCAACAUAAACUUAAAUCUAACCUGAAAAAGAAGUUCCGGUGUGUGUUUGAGGGGAUCGCUAAGGCAGGAAACCCAACGCUUCUGAAUCAGAUCUACACAGAGCUCUACAUCACAGAGGGAGGGGCUGCAGAGGUCAAUGAUGAACAUGAGGUCAGACAGAUUGAAACAGCAUCCAGGAAACCAGACAGACCAGAAACAACAAUCAGACAACAAGAUAUCUUUAAACCUUCACCUGGAAGAGAUGAACCAAUCAGAACAGUGAUGACAAAGGGAGUGGCUGGCAUUGGGAAAACAGUCUUAACACAGAAGUUCACUCUGGACUGGGCUGAAGACAAAGCCAACCAGGACAUACUGUUCACAUUUCCAUUCACUUUCAGAGAGCUGAAUGUGCUGAAAGAGAAAAAGUACAGCUUGGUGGAACUUGUGCAUCACUUCUUCACUGAAACCAAAGAAGCAGGAAUCUGCAGGUUUGAAGAGUUCCAGGUUGUGUUCAUCUUUGAUGGUCUGGAUGAGUGUCGACUUCCUCUGGACUUCUACAACAAUGAGAUCCUGACUGAUGUUACAGAGUCCACCUCAGUGGAUGUGCUGCUGACAAACCUCAUCAGGGGGAAACUGCUUCCCUCUGCUCGUCUCUGGAUAACCACACGGCCUGCAGCAGCCAAUCAAAUCCCUCCUCAGUGUGUUGACAUGGUGACAGAGGUCAGAGGGUUCACUGACCCACAGAAGGAAGAGUACUUCAGGAAGAGAUUCAGAGAUGAGGAACAGGCCAGCAGAAUCAUCUCCCACAUCAAGACAUCACGAAGCCUCCACAUCAUGUGCCACAUCCCAGUCUUCUGCUGGAUCACUGCUACAGUUCUGGAGGAUGUGAUGAAGAGCAGAAAGAGAGGAGAGCUGCCCAAGACCCUGAGUGAGAUGUACAUCUACUACUUGGUGGUUCAGUCUAAACUGAAGAAGAUCAAGUACGAUGGAGGAUCUGAGACAGAUCCACACUGGAGUCCAGACAGCAGGAAGAUGAUUGAGUCUCUGGGAAAACUGGCUUUUGAUCAGCUGCAGAAAGGCAACCUGAUCUUCUAUGAAUCAGACCUGACAGAGUGUGACAUUGAUAUCAGAGCAGCCUCAGUGUACUCAGGAGUGUUCACACAGAUCUUUAAAGAGGAGAGAGGACUGUACCAGGACAAGGUGUUCUGCUUUGUCCAUUUGAGCGUUCAGGAGUUUCUGGCUGCUCUUCAUGUCCAUCUGACCUUCAUCAACUCUGGAGUCAAUCUUAUGGCUGAAGAACAAACAACCCCCCAGAAGUCUGAAACAAGACAAGAUGAAUCUGCAGAGACACAGUUCUACCAAAGUGCUGUGGACAAGGCCUUAGAGAGUCCAAAUGGACACCUGGACUUGUUUCUCCGUUUCCUUCUGGGUCUUUCACUGCAGACCAAUCAGACUUUACUACAAGGCCUGCUGAGACUUAAAGUAAGUAGCUCACAGACCAGUCAGGAAACAGUCCACUACAUCAAGAAGAAGUUUGAGGGAAGUCUUUCUGCAGAAAAAAGCAUCAAUCUGUUCCACUGUCUGAAUGAACUGAAUGAUUGUUCUCUGGUGAAGCAGAUCCAACAGUACCUGAGAUCAGGAAGUCUUUCCACAGAUGAUCUCUCUCCUGCUCAAUGGUCAGCUCUUGUCUUUAUCUUACUGUCAUCAGAGGAAGAUCUGGAUGUGUUUGACCUGAAGAAAUACUCAGCUUCAGAGGAGGCUCUGCUGAGCCUGCUGCCUGUGGUCAAAGCCUCCAACACAGCUCUACUGAGUGGCUGUAACCUCUCAGAGAGAAGUUGUGAAGCUCUGUCCACGGUUCUCAGCUCCCAGUCCUCUAGUCUGAGAAAGUUGGACCUGAGUGACAACAACCUGCAGGACUCAGGGGUGAAGAUGCUGUCUGCUGGACUGAAGAGUCCACACUGUACACUGGAAACUCUCAGGCUGUCAGACUGUCUGAUCACAGAGGAAGGCUGUGUUUCUCUGGCCUCAGCUUUAAAGUCCAACCCCUCCCAUCUGAGAGGGCUGGACCUGAGCUACAAUCAUCCAGGAGACUCAGGAGUCAAGCUGUUGUCUGCUGGACGGGAGGAUCCACAAUGGAGACUGGAAACGAUCAGGGUGGAGCCUGGUGGAGUCCAGUGGUUGAGACCAGGUCUGAGGAAGUACUCCUGUGAACUCACACUCGACACAAACACAGUGAACAGAAAGAUCAAACUAUCGGACAACAACAGGAUGGUGACACAUGUGAAAGAGGAGCAGCCGUAUCCUGAUCAUCCAGACAGAUUUGACUACUGGCCUCAGCUGCUGUGUAGAGACGGUCUGACUGGUCGCUGUUACUGGGAGGUGGAGUGGAGUGGAGAGGUGGAUGUAUCAGUGAGUUACAGAGGAAUCAGACGGAAAGGAGCCAGAGAAGACUGUGUGUUUGGAUGGAAUGAUCAGUCCUGGAGUCUGUUCUGCUCAGAUGUUGGUUACUCUGUCUGGCACAACAACAGCAGAACACCCAUCACUACUAACUCCUCCACAUCCUCCUCGUCUUCUUCCUCCUCCUCCUCUGCCUCUGGUAGAGUAGCAGUGUAUGUGGACUGUCCUGCUGGCACUUUGUCUUUCUACAGAGUGUCCUCUGACACACUGAUCCACCUCCACACCAUCAACACCACAUUCACUGAACCUCUGUAUCCAGGGUUUAGGUUCUGGUUUGGUUGGUCCGGUUCCUCAGUGUCUCUGUGUUCUCUGCAGGAGGGAGUGCCUCAUCCCGUAAGGCCCCGUGUCCACCAAAGCGUUUUUUCCCCUGCCGAAAAUGCCAGCUGCUCCUCAGAAAACGCCCAGCUAGGAGCUUUUAAAGUGCUUUGGGGGUACAGUGUUUUUUUACUUGAGACACUUUGGUUGCGUCUGGUUGCUGUACUGCGAAAUAUCUGCUAAAGUAAAAAUGUCAGCAUGUCUCACAAGGGAGAGUUUUUCCUUUGGAUGGGUGGAAGGGUGAAGCAUGCAGGGAGAGAGGAUGAACCUACUGGUCUGUGUGGGCUCAUUAGAGGAAACACAAUAUACGUAUACAGUAUAUUAUCAGUAUAUUAUCUAUUGUUCAGCACUUAACCAACGUAUCCUCAUACAACGGGUCAUACGAUGAUGAAUUGGUGCCCCAUCAAUGAUAUUAUGUACUUACUGUAAAGUUAAGAAGGUUAGGUUUGGGGAAAAUCAAAGACAACAAGAUAGAGGAUCAGCAUUGUUCCACUGAAGUUAAGGUUUUUGGCUCAGAAUAUGAGAAAAGGAUAACGGCCUUUUUACCAUCUUUACCAAGAGUGUCUCUCCGUUAGUUUGGUGCUACAGUAUUUACACUGAAUCAUUCAGCAUAACGUUUGCCAACCUUUGUUAUCUCUGCCAUUACAGAUAAGUUAAUGAAGCUAAGCUCCAGAAGUUAACGUUAGCUUAACUAGAGCCCUUUGGACAACAGCUAACAAUGAUGUACCAUCACCAAAGUACAAAACUAGAACAAAAUAGGCUAAUGAACUCCCAGCAAACAAGGUGACAUGAUGAACAACGCAGCUAGGAGCUAACGUUAGGCUAUCUUUAGCUAACGUUAGCUAGAGAUGUUAAAGAUAACUUUAUAUUUCUUUCCAGCAAAGUGACAAUAUGUUGCCUCAAACACAAUGUUGACUUACCUUAGAACAGAUGUAGACAUCAUUGUUAAUCUUAUUCACGUUGAGUUGAUGUUGUGGUCUAACGUUACCACACAACUUUAUCCAAAGGAGACACUUUUCUCGCUUGAGAUGUGGUUUAAAGUGUAAAAAUACACCUGGUCGCCCAGCCUCUCAGGAUACCUUGUGUCAGAGUUGCAUGUACCCCAUGCACACCGUUUGACCAUUGUUAAACUUCAAACCUCAGAAAAAGCUCAUAAAACCGAAAGAAACUGACUUUCUGUAAUGCAUUUCAAUGAACGUCCAGGCAGAGAAUGUCCAAGUGCACUGUUGCCAACUCCUCAGUAAGAAAAGUAGCUAUUGGCUGUCCUAAAAGUCACUAGAAGUCACUAAAUGACAUCAUCGCCUAAUUUGCAUAAUUGUCCAUACACAUGUAAUUGUAAUGGCUGCUGUAGGAGAGAGGAAUAACGUCAUGGGAGAGACAAAAACUGAGUAAAAAAAAAACCCCUGAAUAUGUUUAGAACUACAAAUGAACCUUCUUUCAGUGAUUUAUAUUAGACAAAGAAAAUUUUACAUUUACAUCCUGCCCUGACUGUAAACCAGGUCGGGAUCAGCCAGCGGCGGUUCCACGCAUGUGCGAUUCACUUGCAGUCUGGACGUGGAGGGGUUAACAUCUCCUGCUCUGACUGCAGCUGGGAGGGAGGAGUUAUACACAAAUUAUUGCCUGAUCAUAAAGUGUGCCAGGCCUGACGUCAAAACCCGGAAGUUUAGCAUCGUGCUGGUUCCCGGCAGAGAAAGUGAAUGUGAUUUUUGCAUUGCGUUUUGGAUUAUGUCAGAAAAUAAGCUCUGUGGCUAACACAAGUUUAUGAUACUUACAGGUUUUGUUCAGCGAGAUAAUCUUCACAUAUGAACACCUUUCAUAUCGCAUUUGAAGCUUAAAUGCGAUCGCCAGAAGUAAAAAGCUAACGUUAGGCUUUAACGGACUACAUGACUACUCCACGGUCGCAUGACUCUUGACGUCACCGCCACUAAGCUUUCAACUGAUUUCGGCCGCUUUAUUUUAAAAACAUUGUAUAAUGGGGAAAUCGGACUGUUUAAGCUAAAUAAGAAGCUGUAAUGGCGGACUGCCAGCACUCUCGCCUGUUCGGGGGUGAUGACGUUUAAUGUCCCCGGCAGGGUUUGUAGUCGUAUUGAGCAACUUGUUAGCAACCGUCUUUUUUACAACACGUGAAAGCUUCAAAAUUCACAAGAAGGGUAUUUACUGACGUGUUUUAUGUCGUAGAACAAAACCUGAAACUCGCUUAAGCUUUUGUUAACCACAGACCUUAUUUGAGGCAUUUCACCAAAAUCCCAUUCAAAAAACGUACUGACUUUUAGACGAGAGAAUCGGAAGUGCUAAAAGCGCUAACGGAGUUCUGGGUUUAUUGGCACACUCUAUUACGUCUGACCUGUACAAAUUGUGGUGUAUUUCUUUUUGUAGGAAAACAUAUGAACAAUACACGAGAACAGCCUGAAGAUGUGAUAGUUUGUCUUUGCGGUAUUUGUUCCUCCUCCACUGUGAUUGAAUGGCUGAAGUGACAGUGAUGAGCACUGUGUUUUCACACAAAGUUAAACAUUUUUCCGUCGGCGCUCAGAAAAAAGAAAACACCCAGCCAACAGCCAACAGCGCUCAGUGCAGAAUUCAUGCUAAUAAAAUAGAAAACACAACAAACUUACACAACAACAUAUUAGCAAAUCAUGAAACACUGUUGUUGUUGUUGUUGUUGUUGUUGUGUCAUUGAAGUAAAUGCAGAUUUAUACUUGUGCAUCAGCUCUAUGCAGAGCCAAUGCCGUUGUGAGGAUUUAUACUUGUGUGGUGGUGUGUCUGUGUCACUCUGCAGUUACACCUCCAACACACUAGGUGGCGAUGGAGUUUGUGUGAAGUGCUGUAAAGUUUAGUUGAUUCAAAACACACGUUAAACACACAUUAAACAUGGCUUAAUAGAGACAGUUUCAAGUACACAAACAAAAUUCAGCUUCACUAUAACUCACAGCAUUCACAGACAAACACUUAUCUUUAUCUGGACACAUUUUCCCCACAAAUACAACAUGCUAACGCUAUUAGCACAAGCCUAUGGUAUUUUACAUUGCAUAAAUUAGCCUUGCGGUUAGCAGAGAUUUCCUCUGCUUCAGCCUAUAUGAAGCCGGGAACAACAGCAACAUUUAACAAAGGUGAAGUUACAAAAUUCGGCUCCACCGCAGCUCACAGGAUUCAUUGACAAAACAACUGUCUUAUACUAAAUAUGUUUUCCAAACAAAUACAAUAUACUAACAUUAUUAGCACAAGCCUGUGGCAUUUUAUGUUGUACAAAUUAGCUUAGUGACUAGCAGAGAUGUCCUCUACUCGUAUGAAGUCAAGUAAAGUUUCUUUAAAUUAAAUUCCCAAAUUCGCUCAUAUAAUACAAGACAGAGUAAUCAGCUCCACCCUCCACAAAAUGCCUUCAGAUAUCGUGUACAAAUUUGGAACACCACAGCACAUUUUGUCAAGAGCCCUUUUGCUUAGAAAAUUUUACAAGGAAAUUAUCAUUACAUUCAAUUCAUGAUGUCUUAUUAUUUCUUGACUUAUACAUAUAUUUUUACACCAUUUUUUUCUUUUUUCUUUGCACUGUGCUCCCUGUAUUUCUUGGUUUAUAUUGUAUUAUUUUUCCUGUUGUUAUUUAUCUUUUGUUGUAUUUUUCUGUAUAAUCUCUUUUUUGGGUCAUUGUCUGUUUUCUCCUUCAGUUGAGCAGAGGUCUGUUUGUAUAAACCUCCUUAACCUCUCCUGAAACAUUUCUUAUUUUUUCUAUUUUACUAUUUGGACUUUAUACCAUUAUAAAACAAUUAAAUAAAUAAAUACAAAGUG